AUGGUACAAGACAUGCCCACACCUAUAAUCGCAAGCAUGGACCACAGCAAAACACCUGUAUACAUGAACGGCAAUAUGACCACGACACAUCAUCCACAGCUUGCUAUACCCGUCGCUGUUCCAGUGCCACUAUUCUCUCCUCAUCAUCAACAUUUCUAUCAUCCACCACCACAACCUCCUCCUUCAUCAUCGAAUGGUCUACCACCACCAUCACAAUAUACCACGCCUCCUCCUGAACAUCAAGCGGCACAAUCUUAUUGUGAAUAUCUGUAUCAACUUGGAUUCAUGCAAGGACGGUUCUCUGAUAUUACAGUCUCAUUUCCAUCUGUGCAAAAGUCAUAUGCAUUACAUAGACUUAUCUUGGCUCGUUCACCCAUGAUUUAUCGACGUCUUAUGACUGAUAUCCGCGUUCAACAUGAAAACAUUCUGGAAUUGGACAUUACUACUUCCUUUGAAACUAUCCACACCAUCAUUGGUCAUUUGUAUCGUCCUCUUGGUUAUCAAGACUUGCAUUUUAUCGUCAAUGAGAAUCCCCAUCUCGCUGCAGAAUUGCUCGACGCGGCUCAAGAAUUUGAAUUGGAUAUGCUAUCACAUCACUUGCUUCAUCUUGUUCAGCAAUGCAUGAAUCAAAAUACUGUUUUCUUCUGGAUGGAUGCCAUUUUAUCACGUCAACAUCAAACAUGGAUAGAUAGGGUUGAUCACUACAUUGUCCAUUAUUUGACCGUUCUAUUGCCGCAUCAAUUGGGAAGCUUUUCUUCUUCUUCAUCAUCAUCUCUUGAAACAUCCAAUGAUACUACCACCACCACCAGCAGCAGUUUACGUUUUGGUGAUUGUACACCCGUCUUAUCCACCAAACAACCACUCAAUGAUAAUACUACAAGCAGCACAAUGGAUCUCGCUCAACUUUAUGCGGAUCUUCCAGCCACGUACCUCAAGCGAUGCCUGGAACAUGAAGAGUUGGCUGUAGGAUCAUCAUCAAGCACAACGCUCAUUCAACGAUACCACUUUGCUCUACAAGUCCUCCAAUACAGGGAACAAAAGGGUAAACGCGAGUUGUCGGUGUUGAUGCAAUUUCAAAGAGAAGGGCAGGAACCUAGUAUUCUCUUGGUCAAGAAACAAGCUCUCAAACUAGGUCGUUGGCAACUACCUCAAGAUGAUAAUGAUGAUACCAGUGAUUCAGCAAGUUGCUAG